AUGGACACGGAGCAUGAAGAGCAAAAGCAACUCUGGCUCGCCAUUGUUCAAGGCCGUGAAGCUGAUGUGAAGCGGCUCCUGGCUCUCCCCAACGUCCAGUUAGAUUUCAAAGAUAAUUGCAGGCGCACCCCAUUGGCUCUCGCGGCAGAGGCUGGACAGGAGGGCAUUGUUAGACUGCUGCUGGACCAACGCGACGUCGAUAUCAACCCGGGGAGACAUCACGAGCUAUCGCCGAUUAUCUAUGCUACAAAAAGAGGACAUGAAGGGGUUGUGUGGCAGCUUCUAGCUCGGACAGACAUCCACUCUAGUCCCAGUGACUUGCUGUCGGUAGCGGCAUGUAGCGGCCAUGAGACUCUACUAAGUCAGCUCUUGGCUAGGAGGGAUAUCCGAGAGCAUCUUACAACUGAAAAUUAUGCGACAAUUCUCUCUGAUGCCGCUCAGGAUGGGCAUGAAUCCGUGGUUCGCCUACUACUCAGCUCAGGAAAGGUUCAUCCGGAUCAGGAGGACGAUCUAGACAACACGGCUCUUUGGUGGGCAGCGGCCAACGGGCAUGAAGCUAUCGUCAAGCUGCUACUCGAAACCAGCUGGUUUGAUGCUUGCUGCAAGGGUCGUGACGGGACGACUGCUCUCUGGCAUGCUGCCUCAAAAGGAUACGAAGGGAUUGCCAGGUUACUGAUCCAACAAGGCACCGAUUUAGAAUCCCCAGGGAGAGACGGCCGCUCGCCCCUACGUGUAGCGUCUUCCAAGGGAUAUGCUCCCAUCGUGAAAGAAUUGCUCUAUUUUGGAGCGGAGACAAAUCCGAGGAGUGGCUACGAUCGCACGGCGCUCAUGGAAGCGGCGAUCAAUGGCCACGACGCUAUAGUGAGGUUGCUUCUUGAAAGCGGCGCCGCUAUCAAUACGAAGGUCCGCAUAGAAAGCAAGCCUCGCACCCAUCGGUCGGCCCUAGACUAUGCGUGCGAGGCCGGCCAUGAGAGUGUUGUCAAGUUGCUCCUCGAUCAUGGUGCUCCCGUUUGCGUUCUGAAACGUGCUACCCAGGGAGGGCAUGCGGGCAUCCUCAAGCUGCUGCUUGAGAAGAGGUCCCAUAGUGCUUUGGCAGACGAUGAUAUCUAUGCUGUUAUACACGAUGCUGUCGAGAAUGGGCACUCUGAUAUUGUCAGGAUUCUGUUGGAGGCAACAGAGGACACAGAAGCGGUCCUCCGACCGUUCCACCUUGUCGUCGCAGCCAUCAAUAGGGAUCUAAUCAUGGCAAAGUUACUACUGGAAAACGACGCAGACGUAAACUCUGCGUGGAACGGAGGCCUGCUCUUUGGCUUUGCUGCUAAACAAGGUUGUGACGAGAUCGUCAAGGCGAUGCUGCCUGAGCCAUGUGGGCAAGACUGGAAGACUCAACUCGAACAAAGGGUUGAGAGCAUUGGGCUGGGUUACGAAGUCGGCCGACACGAAUCAGAUAUGCCGGAGCAACAAUCACAGUGGAGGCAAGCCCACGACUACACCCUAUGUCCACUAUGGUGUGCCACCCUCAACGGGCACGAGGAGAUGGUUAAACUCCUGCUGGAUCACGGCGCCAAUCCCGACAGCGUAGUACAUAGCUGGGAGAGUGGUGGGUGUAGUAGGACAGUGCUCUACGACGCUGCUCGGCUGAACCACGAAGGCGUCGUGCGCCUGCUACUCUCAAGCGGCGCCUGCCCAAACCUCGGUGGCCGCGGCUUCUCUCCCCUGAUCCAGGCUUCGCUCUAUUCCACCUGCGACAGCGUUGCAGUAGCGCGGAUGCUCCUCGAGAGCGGUGCAGACGUUGAGGUUAUGUCAUACACCAACGAAACCCCCCUGAUGUGUGCCGCCAGGUCGGGCAAUGUGGCCGUGGUCAAGCUCUUGUUAACGCAUGGGGCGAAUCGCAAGACCGAGAACCGCAAAGGCGAAACUGCAAUGUGUUACGCCUCUAACCAUGAUGUUACGAAUUUUCUUUGGUGA